AUGGAAGGCUCGACCCAUUCAAGUAUCUAUGUGGCUCCUUUACAGAUCACGAAAGACCAUUCGCGAUCAGCGAGCAGACUUUCAUCUUGCGGCGCCCGUCAAUCCUCAGGAGAAUUGACACCACCUUUGACGCCGGAUGAGGACGUAUCAAGCUUUGCACAACAAGUGGAUUUCUACACCUUCCUUCAGGCUGUCUAUCCUUACCACCCACUCACUGAGAUUGAAGAUCCAUCUUCGGUCAUUUUGCCUCUCAACGCCGGUGAGGUGAUCUUGAUCCAUUCGAUUCACUCGAACGGAUGGGCGGAUGGUACACUCCUCUCGACCGGGGAACGUGGCUGGCUGCCAACCAAUCACUGUCAGGGUUAUGCGAGUGAUCCUAUCAACCCUCUUCUCAAGGCGUUGACCGUUUUCUGGGAUCUAUCGAAGAAUUUCGAAGCAGGAGAUCAUAACAUCAUCAACCGAUCGGACUUCGUUCGUGGAUUCCUUGCGGGUGUACGGUGCCUCUUGGAACGCACGGAUUGCUUCAACAAAGAGAGCCAGAAUGUAAUUUCAAGCUAUCGCAUACACAAGCACCGUAAAGCCUUAUUGUCUGACUUCUCAGCAUUCGUGAAAGCCACCAAAUCAUUGAAAUUCUCUGACGAAUAUGAUACUGAGGGCAUUAAUGUAACAGAACUUGUUCUCAAGGCCUUUAAGACAGUUACUAGGGCAGUCAAGUUUUUAGAUGCAUGGGAAGCGCACCAGCAAACCCUGGCCGUGCACUCCAAUCAUGGGCCCGUGCCACCCACGCCUCCUGCAGACCACGAUGCCUUUGGCAAUCUUGUUGCAAACUCCGUUGGCCACCAUGCACGACGGAACAGUGGUAUUGUUACCAAAGAGCAAACAGAUUCGAAUGCACGUCCCCGCCACAAUCGAGCAUCGCAAACAUACAUACGCCCAGGGAGCGCAAGCUCAUGCAGCCAACCUACAAGGCCUUUGUCUAAGCAGGGGCUUGCUCCUGUAGGUCACCGGGCAUAUUGUGCGCUGCAUUCUGCCUCCCUCAAUCUCGCAUCUACGAAGCUCGAUGCACUUCACAACACCUACCUCACGCACCUUGGCUACUUCGCAGGGCUCCAAGUUCAAUCACGCUCCUCGACAGAAUCGCUCUUCACGACCAAGCAAGCUGUCAUAGCUUGUCGGGAUUUGUUAGACCUGGUCUCUGAGAUUUGGGAACGCGACCAUCGACGGUCCAAUGUUUUGCGAUACGCACGCGACGAAAUGUUUCUGAGGAUUGGUGAACUUGCACAUGCUGCCCGCGAUGCGUUUCGACCUUUACGUUCGGAUGAAGAUGAUGUCCAAGCGCCUUCGGAUGGACAUUCGCUUAUGGAGGCCGCCACGGCCUGCGUUCGAGCUGCUGGAGAGUGCGCCGCAGAGUGUCGCUUCAUCAUUGAGCGCAUUGGAGACUUUGAAUACCUUGAGCUCGACUCAGGAGUUUCGCAAUUCGAUGCUACACACAACCCAGGCGCGUCGACGGAACCAUUGACAUCGGUGCAUGAGGAACAAGCAAGCUCCGACUGGGAGACCUCACCAUCAUCAACAUCGGAAGUAUCUGAGCAGUUUCCCGCUCCUCCUGCCCGUGUUUUGCAGCCAGACUUUUCCGCCGCAGUGGUUACACCAACACCGUCCAACUAUCACGAUGACCAACUUGACAGCACAGAGAAAAGACCAGAAUCAUGGCGAAGAUCGUCCGCUGAACUAUUGCCUCCAUUGCCCGUGUUCCCCUCAAACCUCCUUCCUCAGUCAGAGCAGCAUCAAUUUCAACGCUCUGACAAUUCUAGUGCCAUGGUCGAGAGUGACGGCAUAAUGCGUCCGCGAGAGGAAAGCUUUGGAUUUUCAAGCGCUGGCGGAAGCAGCGGUUGUCUCGCAAAUUUGAGGAACUCGGAGACUGAAAUGUCUCAGACCUCGACGCGAGCAACGUCUCCCGAUGUAACAUUUAACAGCAAUAACCGAAAUGAGUCUUUCACCAGCUGCGCUGACAGUCAAGCUUCCGGAGACAGAGAUUCAGAUGAGAUGGAGUGCGAUUUGCUCGAGCAGACCUACGCACAUGAAUUGGCGUUCAACAAAGAUGGUCAGGUCAUAGGAGGCACACUUCCGGCUCUUAUUGAACGAUUGACAACCCCAGACUGCACUCCUGAUGCCACUUUCGUCGCCACCUUCUACCUGACCUUCCGCCUUUUCGCCACCGCCUCUCAAUUUGCAGAGGCUUUGAUCGAUCGCUUCAACUACGUCGGUGAUCAUCCACGCAUAUCAGCUCAAGUCAGGCUAAGGGUCUCCAAUAUCUUCAAGGGAUGGUUGGAGUCGCACUGGCGGAAUGACUGCGACAAAUCAGCUCUAGAAACGAUUCAAAACUUUGCGACACGCCAGCUACAAAUAGUGUUGCCCACAGCUGGCAAGCGUCUUACGAGUCUGGCAGAACAGGUUUCAAACACUGACAGACCCUUGGUGCCUCGACUUAUCUCUUCUAUUGGAAAGACAAAUACUUCUAUUGCACAUUAUGUUCCUCCAGACACGCCUUUACCGCCAUCUCUGCUUUCCAAAAGCCAAAUGAAUGCCCUGAAAGCUUGGAAGCUCGGUUCAGGGAGCAUCAGCAUUCUGGAGAUCGAUCCUCUAGAGAUGGCUCGGCAGUUGACGAUCAAGGAGUCACAAAUAUUCUGCUCCAUUUUACCCGAAGAGCUUCUGGCAAGUGAAUGGAACAAACAGUCCGGCUCAUUGGCGGUCAACGUUCGCGCACUAUCACGGCUGUCGAAUGAUCUCAACAAUUUGGUGACGGACAACAUUCUCCAGAUAGAGGACCCAAAGAGACGAGCAACAAUCAUCAAACAAUGGACGAAGAUUGGUGAAAAGCUGCUAGAGCUGUCGAAUUAUCACUCUCUGGCAUCAAUCAUUUGCUCUCUUACACAGUCAACUAUCAUGCGUCUUAAGCGGACUUGGGAGUAUGUCUCAACCAAGACUAAGGGUAGACUCGACCGGCUGAAAGGUAUCAUCAAUCACGAAAGGAAUUAUGCUUCAAUGCGACAAAUUUUCCAAAACCAAACACCGCCUUGUGUGCCUUGGGUUGGAUUGUAUCUUACCGAUCUGACUUUCGUGGACGCUGGGAAUACGACAACUCGUCAACUGCCCGGUGUCGCUUGCGAGGAUUCUAAAACUUUGAUCAACUUCGACAAACACAUGAAGACGGCAAGAAUCAUCAGCGAGCUUCAACGCUUCCAGAUUCCCUACCGGUUGACUGAAGUCCCUGAAUUGCAGACCUGGCUGCAAGACCAACUCGUUCGAGUUCGUACUGUCGACCAGACCACCCUAACUAAAGAUUAUUACCGACGCUCGUUGUUACUGGAACCUCGCGCAGUGCCAGAGACUCAGACGCCUUCUGGCAAGGAUAAGUUUGAGAUGCUAUCAUUUCUCAAUAAUCGAUACAAAAAUCAUCCUGCUGCGAGCGCAGCUUGCACCGCCUAA